AUGAGCGGCUUGCGAAUUCUUGUCCCCGUCAAGCGGGUUAUUGACUAUGCGGUCAAACCCCGCGUCAACAAGGCCAACACCGGCGUCGAAACCGCCGGUGUCAAGCACUCCCUGAACCCGUUCGAUGAACUGUCCGUUGAAGAAGCCAUCCGCCUGCGCGAACGCGGCACCAAGAACCAGAGCCCCAUGAAGGUCGAAAACAUCCUCGCCCUCUCCGCUGGCGGAGCCAAGUGCGCCGAUACCCUCCGCACCGCUAUGGCCAUGGGUGCCGACCGCGCAUUCCACGUCGAUGUCGGCGACAGCCCCGAUGGUGGUCCCGAGCCCUUGACGAUCGCCAAGAUGCUGCAGGGUGUGGUCAAGUCUGAGAAUAUUAACCUGGUGCUGCUGGGUAAGCAGGCGAUCGAUGGCGACCAGGGCCAGACCGGUCAGAUGCUGGCGGGUCUGUUGGGGUGGCCGCAGGCGACGCAGGCCAGCAAGGUCGAUAUCAAGGAUGCGGAUGGUACGGUGGAGGUGACGCAUGAGGUGGAUGGUGGUGUUGAGACGCUGCGGGCUAAGUUGCCCAUGGUUAUCACUACGGAUUUGCGGUUGAAUGAGCCCCGCUAUGCUACGCUGCCGAACAUUAUGAAGGCUAAGAAGAAGCCUUUGGAGAAGAAGACAUUGGCGGAUUUCGGUGUUGAGGAUAAGAAGCGUUUGAAGACUCUGAAGGUUACUGAACCCCCCGCUCGCCAGGGCGGUGGCAAGGUCGAGGAUGUUGACGGCUUGAUCGGCAAGCUGAAGGAGAUGGGUGCUCUGUAG